AUGCUGGGAUUGGACUGGGAAGGUGGUGGGAAAGACGGGAUGGUGGUCUGCGCAGACGGCUUCGUCGACCCGGCAUCGAACCCUGGAAAGAUCCUCAAACAUUCCUUUAAAAAUAGUCCCGUCAGCUUCCUCAAAGUGUACCUGACCAAGGUCCGUCGCGACUGCGAGUCGAUCGAAAAGACCCAUAUGGGCAAGAUCCUGAACGCUGUCAUUUUGCGACCCGAGGACUUUUAA